GUCACCUAUAUCACUUCAGAUAAUGAAAAAAUUACUGUAGAGGCCAAAGAUGGUACUAAUCUUUUGGAAUUGGCACAUGCCAAUGGCAUUGAUCUUGAAGGUGCAUGUGAAGGAUCUCUUGCAUGUUCCACCUGCCAUGUCGUUGUAGAUCAAGAAUAUUAUGAUAAGUUGUCUGAACCAUCAGAUGAAGAAAACGAUAUGCUGGAUCUUGCAUUUGGACUCACUGAAAGGUCUCGCCUUGGAUGCCAGAUCCAUGUCACCAAAGAUUUAGACGGCAUUGUUGUUCAAAUUCCACGAGCAACACGAAACGUGCAGCAGGCGAAAAUGCAUUGA